AUGAGUCUCAAAUUCCUUACUGCACUGGCAGUUCUGGGGUCUGUCAAUGCCAUUGCCCUUGCUCCCCGAGCCUCGGUUGGCACCGUCAGUGACCAGGACUGGGACACUUUCAACGCCAGUGUCUCCGGCCGCCUUUACAAUGGUGAACCGAUGUUAGCGCCUUGCUAUACCAACUACAACGGCGAACCCCAGGUCCCGAAUCUAGAAGAAUGUAUUGUCGUGCAGGGAAAGAAGGGGGAUCCGACCUUUAUCACGGGGCAAUUUGGAGGCUACAUGAAUACCCAAUGGGGUGGGUGUCAGGCUACUGGGCAGAGCUGCGUGGUGGGAUCUCUGGGUCCGGACAUUUUGAGCCCAAUUCUCAAGCGCUGUGACCAAGGGAGCGUGCCUUACAAGUAUGUUGAAGUUCAAAGCGUGGAAGACAUACAGGAAACAUUGCAGUUUGCCGACAAGAAUCACCUACGGCUGGUGAUCAAGAACACUGGGCAUGAUUACGAAGGCAGGAGCUCAGCGCCUGAUUCUUUGGCUUUGUGGAUGCAUAAAAUGCAACCGCCUAUCGAAUUAGAAAAGCAAUUUAUCCCCGACUCAUGCUCCGAGACUCGCGGGGAUGCGAUUACAUUCGGAGCCGGCCAGCAAUUCGAAGGGAUCUACGAAUUUACAGAAACGUAUGGCUAUCGGGUGGUAGGAGGAAGUUCAAGAACAGUGGGUGCAGCUGGAGGUUGGAUCACUGGCGGCGGGCACAGCGUUCUCAGCAACGAGCUGGGCCUUGGGGUGGACAAUGUCCAACAACUGAAGGCGGUGCUUCCGAACGGAACAUAUAUCACUGCCAACCGCUGCCAGAACCAGGACCUUUUCUUUGCCCUCCGCGGUGGUGGUGGAGGUACGUUCGGCGUGAUAACUGAAAUGACGACCCUAGUGCACCCAAAACGCCCUAUGCAAUUUGUUGAAAUGGGAUUCACGACCCUUGGCGCGGCAGCAACCUCCAAGCUGAUGUCAAUCCUCGUAGCCAAUGCAGAGAAGUGGGCGUCUGAAGGCUGGGGAGGAUUCGUUUCUUCCCUAAACCUCGGGACCAGUGUGUUUAUGAGCACGGCUCUGCUAAGCCAUGAGGAAGCUGUAGAAAGCAUGAAGCCUCUCUCGGACUUUGCGACAGAUUUCAACCUGGGGAUCGUCAAUAUCACGACUUCGUCGGAUUAUCUUGCAGGAAUGCAGAACUUCUUUGACAUUGAGGAGCUCCAGGAAGCUUUGGUUUCGGCUUCGACAAUCUCCAGCCGUAUUGUCCGGAGGGAGUCAUUUGUUGGUGAAGAGAACCAAAAGCAGCUGGCUUCUCUUCUGAAUGACUUCGUCACUGUUGAUCAGAAGAUACUCGAGCCUUCCCUGCAAAUUUCGGUGUUGUGUAUCACGGCACCAACGCUAUAUUCCCAGAAUAUGCCCGAAUCAGAUCAACCGGGUGGCCCAGGUGCAGCGUCGGUCACACCCGCGUGGAGAGAUGGAAUCUGGCAUGUUUUGCAAUAUAGAUCGUUUGACAGUACCAUCACCGAUCCUAAGACCGUACAGAGCAUUGUGCAGAAUGCACAUGAAGUGAUGAACCCUCUCCGCGAGUUCACCCCUGGCUCUGGGGCUUACAUCAACGAGGCGGAUCCGUUUGAGCCAGACUCUAUAAACUCCUUCUGGGGACAGGAAAAUUAUGCCAGACUAUUGGAGAUCAAGAAAGAAAUCGAUCCAACUAAUCUACUUAUGGUGCAUAAUGGGGUUGGUUGGGACGAAACCGACGGACGAUUUGCCUGCUUUCCAGAUAUUGACACGGCAGCAUAA